GGUGGCGGCAACUGGUGGCACGAGUGUGAGUUGCUCAACCCCAGAGGUCAGUUUUGUCUCAGUGUGGUGGAGAGUGUGUCUGGCUCUGGCGGCCUGUCGCUGUCUGUUCGUCGGUUCAGUCACAGUUUAACAGCGUAGGAAGUGCAGGCAAGAAUGGAAGCAACCACAGGCGGCGGAAGCAAAGCAGGUCGCAGCGUAGAGACGAUCAAGGUGGAGCCGGACUUUUACUUUCCGGCGGCUGAGAUGGUCAUCGACGACGACUUCGAUGACGAUGACGAGGAGGGCGGACAGCUGGAAAUGCACCAGAUUGACCUGUACGACAGUCCGGCGAGUACAAAGUUAGUGCAGGAAGCUAAGAAGUAUGAAGUGAUGAGUGACGUCGAAGACGAUGAGGAUAACUUUGAUGAAGACGAGGACGAAGACGAUAGCAAUAGUAACAAUGAUGGUGGUACUGGACAGGGCAAAAAGUACGAGUGCAAACUUUGCGAGAAAAGUUUCUUCAGUCCGGGACACCUGGCCAGGCAUGCGAGGAUUCACACGGGCGAGAGACCUUUCCAGUGCAGUCACUGUGAUAAGGCUUUCAUUGAAUCGUCCAGCUUGAAGGUUCAUCUUAGAACCCACACCGGCGAGAAGCCCUUCCGCUGCGAGCUGUGCAACAAGGACUUCACCCAAUCCUGCAAUUUACAUUCGCACUACCGCCGCGGUCACGGCGUUGACCCCAAAGUGACCCCUCGUCUGUUUGAUCAGAUGCGACAGCAAGCAGCUGCCUCUGCCGUCACUUCCGGUACCACCUCCACUUCUCCAGCGCCAUCACAGUGGCCAUCGCAGUCCGUCUCCGUGCGGGCCAUGCCAAAGCUGAUCCCCAAACCGACCGGCCAGCCAUUCCAGUGUUGCGUUUGCGAAGAACCGUUCUUCGAUCGCGACUUGCUCCUCAUCCACGAGGAAACCCACGUUCCGGAGGCUCCGUUUGAGUGCCGUUACUGCACCACCAUGUUCAGCGGGCUUGCCAACCUUAGAUCUCACGUGAAUGUCCACAAGGUCAAUAUGCGGGCUCAACCGCCGCAGGCUCUCCAUCCGAUCCGGCAAUCGACGGCAGGGAUUCGGGUGUUUGCCAAUGGACCGGUUGCCCGGAAGCUCGACCCGGUGCCAGAUGCUGGCGUCUCCAAUGCCGUUCUGAACUCGAACCAACCGUUCAUUCCGAGUGGCGACGAGCAGCGCCCUUACAAGUGCGUUGAAUGCAAGGCCAAUUUCGAGAAGCACGAACUGUACUUCCACAUGCGGGCCCAUCUCAAGCAGAAGAACAUCUUCUCGAAGAAGAGCUUGAAGUGCGAAAAAUGCGGAAAGGUAUUCGAGAAAGAACUCACCCUGAAGAAGCACAUGGACAUGGUCCAUCCGGUUGUGUCAAGUGUUUCCUCCGGCGAUGGGUCGUUCCUGCUAGAAGCACUCAAAACCGAUGCCCGGUCGUUAUCUCCAGCGGCCACAAAAUCCGGCAAGGUGCAGAUCUCUUCGGAAGUGGAAGUUCAGGAACCGGAUGACAUCAUCGAGAUCAAGCAAGAACCAGAAAGUGCCCUCGGCGACGAUCAGGUCAACUCGACGGUAUCGGACAAUCCUAUCCUGACGCACCUUCUGAACACGAAUAGCAAUGAACUGCAGCAGCCAAGCCAGCAACAUUCCCGCAAUGGUAGUCCUCCGGUCAUUGCGCCUGCGGCAGCGGACAAUGACCCUUCCAACGAAGGUGGCUUCGUGAUCAGCGCAGUGGCCACAGUGGAUCAUAAUUUUCUCGAGCGGCUCGAACGGAUGGAACAGCGGCAGAAACAGCAACAAGAGCAGCAGGAGCUGGACUCGCAACCGGUGUCUUCCGGUUUGCGGCGGAUGCCUGUGCUAGAGGAGAGCCUUCGUCGCCCUCCGGUUAUGAUCAGUUCGAACAAAUCUACCGCCCCACCAAGCCAGCCGAUCAUUCCCUCCGGUCCGUACCGCUGUUCGUUCUGUCAGAAGGAAUUCAGCGAGCACUUCGGCCUGCGCCAGCAUAUACGUGCCAUGCACUACUCCGAGAAGCGCCACAAGUGCAAGGAAUGCAACAAGAAGUUCUCCCUUGGAAUCAGUUUGGCCAUCCACCGUCGCGUCCACACGUCGAUCCGCCCCUUCACCUGUAUCGUUUGCUACAAGACGUUCACCCGAUCGACGGCCCUCAACGGGCACCUGUCGUCGCAUUCCUACACCCGGGUCAAGUGCGCCGAAUGUGACGAGGAGCAGCUCAGCGUGUUCAACUACAUGAAGCACAUCGAAAAAUUCCAUCCGCAUUUCAUGCAAAAUGUGACCUCGUAUCGGAACCAGGCGGAAGCUCUGAUGCAGCGUCGACGGCAGCUGAUCCUUGAAAUCACCGAGGGAUUGGCCAAACACCGGUCGGAAAUUCCAAACGUGCUGGCAAGACUCCGAGGAGAACUGGGACCGGUCGAUUCCAGAAGUAAAAAUGACGACGAGGACGAAGUGAGUUCCAGCGAGCAUAUCGCGGUCAACCGGCGGAGACCCGACUCCAGUCAAUCGGAGGAAGUCAGUUCCGCUUCCGAGGAGCAGGAAGCUCGACGAAAACUAGAGUCCCUACCGGCGUUGCGUGCCGAGUUACGUAAGCGCCCACUCCGAAGCAACACGGCCCCAGAUGAGCUGGACGAAUCGGUGCUUCCGCCGUUCCGGAAGUCCGCCCGCUCGGCCGGAAGUUCGUCGCCGAAUCUGAAGCGUCUAUUGGAACAGAACAGUUCCAGAUCGAAUAGUAGCGAGGCUACCGAACAAGGGAUACCACCAGCAGUGUCGGUAAAAGAUGAACCAUCAUCCAAUUAGGAGAGAGCUAGUUUAGUAUAGUUCGAUUCGGAUAUGAUUUCACCACCAUGUGUUUGUCAUCGAUGAAAACGAAAAAGAAAGUUUCAAUCGUUUGCUUGAAUGCUGUACAUAUUUGCUUCGUUUAGCCAGUACAUAUACAUACAACCCGUAGAGAUACCUACUUCAGAAACGGAAAGAUAUUUCAUCUAAAAAUCAUUGACCUCUAGCGUAAGAGAAUCAUGCACUUAAAAACUCGAUGUAAGAUCAUUUGAAUAAAGGAUAACUGUUGCGAAACACUAGUGCAUAAUGGAUUGAUUACUUGAAUUGAAAGAAUUAAUAGGACAGAUCGGUGUAGUACUAGAUUUGUAGUAAUGAGCUGAAUUUUAGUAUGGUGAGAAGGUCAAUUCUCUGUUUCUGCAAUGAAAUAGUGCAAAAAGCGUGGGUAUUAUGAUUCCUUGCUUAAUUUGAUGCCAUUUGAGCAAAACUUUGGAUAACUAUGUUGUUUAUGUUGCAAGAAAUGGAGAAAACAACAACACUGUUGCCCAAAGUUUUGCUCAAACAGCAUCAAAUUAGGCAAGGAAUCAUAAUACCCACGCUUUUUGCACCAUUUCAUUGCAGAAACGGAGAACUGACCUUCUCACCAUACUAAAAUUCAGCUCAUUACUACAAAUCUAGUACUUCAACGAUCUGUCCUAUUCUUCGCUUCUGCACUGAAAUCGUGCAAAAAGCGUGGGUAUUAUGAUUCUUUGCCUAAUUUGAUGCUGUUUGAGCAAAACUUUGGGCAACAGUGUUGUUGUUUUCUCCAUUUCUUGCAACAUAAACAACAUAGUUAUCCAAAGUUUUGCUCAAAUUUCAUUUUCAUUUUCAUUUUGCAGCAUUUGGUGGGGCAAUGAGAGCGCAAGUCAGUCCAAAGCCGAUGAUAAGGAGGGGUAAUGGCUGGAUAGUCUUUGCUGACCACAUAAACGCCAUGGGAUAGGAAAAGGGUAUUUGGGUGUGGGAUUAGGGUGUUGGUACAGACUUGACAAUAUCAAUGCUAUUCAGAUGCAAAAUAAUUUCAAGGCUCAAUAGUGAAUCACAUACCUUCCAAAACCAAAAAAACAAUAAUCCACAAAAUAUCAAGCAAGUCAAAGAGAGAAAAAGCGCCCGAUUGUUUAUUUUUGUUUAUAACAAACGGAAACCAAGACGGAAACUUCUAUCCUCUCCGACUCGCCAGUCACCCAGGAAAAAAUGUCACUUUAGUUCUGGAAAAUAUGUUAUCCCCAAUUAAGCCUUUAAUCGAAUUGUCCGCGUGGUCUUGUAGUACCCCUGCUAGGUAAGAACCGGUCAUUGCCAUACAUAUUAAAUGCUAGACAUGACCCCAUGGAUAGCAUUUGCAUAUGUAAGAGCUUUGCUGAUGUGACUUUCCUAUUAGGCAAUUCUCUCAUCACAUGUUUGUCUUCAAAACCUUGUCAAGCUUAGAAAAUUGAAGUUAAUAAACAAUACAUUACAAGGUUCGAAUUCCCAUAGAAUGAGAUCAUUCAUUCGCACUACAACACCAUAGGAGAUAAUAUCACAUUGGCUGAUUACAGUACAAAUGCUUAAAAUCUCCCUUUUCCCCCUAUCCGCAACCCGGGGACGCGCCCUGUUGGAUUUCGAAGGCCUCGGAGAAUAUUACAAACCUUCAAUGGCAUUCCCAUACACUAACCCACAUUGCCCAUUCAGGGGUCUGACUGGGCCUAUUACCCUCCCUCAGUUUGUAAUAUUCUCACCAACUUGGAAUUAUACUUUCCCGGCGCAUAAAUGACUUCGACAAAUGUUCGAUAUACUAUGCAGCAUCAUGAUCAGUAUAACAAUAUCAGAUGACUUGAAGAUCUGAUUUUUACAGAAUUGUUUGCCAUUGAUUAUACAUUCAGCUAUUCCAAUCAUUACUGCAAAGCACAUCGACUACAUGCCUGAAAUCAAAGCUUCCUGGAAGAUAUAAUCCAAGCCCAGGGU